UUGUGUAUGAGAGUCGCCAUCCUUAGACGAACUGAGCCGCCUUCUUUUGACUGAAUGUACAGGUGCCAUGGGUAGUUGUGUUCGUCGCAAAUAGUUUUCGGUCAUGACGAUGUUGUUGCUCUUAGAAAAAAAUAAAUUUGCGAUGCAGAAAUGCCAAGACUUCACGCUAGCAGAGAAAUUUUAUUUGCGGAAAAAGAUCUCCAUAGCUCCAGCUCCAGGGCAUCCUCCACAACGGACUUGACGUAAUCGUUCUUUUAUUCUUUUGUUUCCCCCCCAUUCAUUAUCUCUAGAGUGCGUAUUGCCAAGAGAAUACUCCUACCGCUAUGCGCGCCCUCACAGAAACGGAGACCAAAACCCUCUUCUCCAAGCUCGCAAACUACACCGGCCGCUCCCUGAAUAACCUAAUUGCGCCUCCCCCCUCCUCUACCACAGAAGGCGGCGAGCCCUCAGCAGACGAUCGCCAUGUCUUCCGCCUCCAUGGCUCCCGAGUGUACUAUGUGCGCCUCGCUAUAGCCAACCUGGCCACUUCAGUGCCCCGCGAGAGCCUCCUUUCGUUAGGUACCUGCGUCGGGAAAUUCACCAAGACUGGCAAAUUCAGACUACACAUCACUGCAUUAGAUGUGAUUGCGCCACAUGCAAGGUAUAAGAUGUGGAUUAAGCCGAAUGGGGAGAUGCCAUUCCUUUACGGGGGCAACAUUGUGAAAGCGCAUGUUGGCCGGUGGAGUGAGGACUGUCCUGAACAUUCUGGUGUGGUGGUGCAUUCGAUGGAUGAUACGCCUUUGGGAUUCGGAGUGACUGCUAGAUCGACGGCAGAAGCACGAAGGCUAGACCCCACAGGAAUUACGACAUUUAGGCAAGCAGACAUAGGAGAGUACCUAAGAGAGGAGGAUACACUUUUCACCACGUAAUUAUUUGCCAUACUUAUUUAUUUUGUUUUAUUUGUUUUCGUCCAUUGCUUUUGUUGAAAAGUCUGGCGUUAUUGUGUAAUGGCUACCACGGGUUUUCAGAGAUGUUUCAUGCGGGAAUAAGGGUCUCUCGAUUACGUUUUGCUUCAGUUGCUUUCAGGCUGCUUGCUGCCUUUGUCCUGCGUCUCACUUGUCCCCGAUCUAUUACUGUAUUUGGUUCCGUAUGUGUAGUGGCCUGCUCAUACCCGGCAUUCAUUGCCAUCGUCAUCUUAUUUUUUUGAAUUGGAAAUUGCCUGGGGAUCUAUAGAGUCCAACCUACCGCCACACUAAAUGACAACUUAGAGGAUUGAUCAAUAGUAUAAAUAUCUAGACGGAUACUGUAGCUAUCUCAAUACAGAAAUUGUUUUAGAAACUAUUUGGC